AUGACGCACUGUUACAAACCCGAGGCGAACGUUGCCGUCCAGCCUGGCCAUGCAGCCGGCUACGCAACGUUCAGAAAGAAACAAGGCAUGACUUCCAGUGAAUAUCACACUUCCCCGUGGACCUGCUACCGGUAUCGAUGCCGUGGACAGUUUACACUCAAGAACGUAAAACAUGUCGCCCUCGGCAAGGUCAGCCGUCUCGCCGGCCAAUGA